GAAUAUGUAACAAUGUCUGACCUACUUCCAGAGAUUCGUGUCUGCUGUCACCUGCAGGUUCCAGCUCGUUCUUGCUCUCCCACGUCUUACAUCCACCACCCCUUCCCAGCUGCUUGUCUCGAGGGCUUCAGGCUGCAGCAUCGGACAUGAAGACAACAGCUUACAGAGGCUGUGUCAGCAGCCCCGACAGUGGUGUGAAGUCAGAGUCCCACAAGAAAUCUUUAGAUGUGCCAUGUGGUCCAGCAAUCCCAUCCCGGGGAAUACAUCCAGAGGAAAUGAGACCCCCUAUGGAGAGGAUCCCUCGGCACAAAACCUUCUCCUUCUACUUUCGUAACCUUCCCAAAACCAAUAUACGAAACUGCAACUACCUCUGCUUCGAAGUGAGAGGAAAGGGGCGACCAUCAGAUGCCUAUGUCCACAGGGGAGUCUUUCAGAACCAGGUCUAUCCCCACGCUCCCCGCCAUGCAGAACUCUGCUUCCUUUCUUGGUUCCAAGAUGAGAUGCUGUCCCCUCAUGAGCAGCAGCGUGUCACCUGGUUCGUAUCCUGGAGCCCCUGCUCCAGCUGUGCAAAGCGGGUGGCCCAGUUCCUGCAGCAGCACAGGAACGUGACACUGAGCAUCUUCGCCGCCCGCCUCUCCUACUUCUGGGACCCGGCUACCCGGCAGGGGCUUCGCAGGCUGUGUGGCGAGGGGGCCCGGGUGGACAUCAUGUCCCUGCAAGACUUUGAAUACUGCUGGGACCACUUUGUGAACAAAAAGAAUAAGUCCUUUAAACCUUGGUGGAACCUGGAUCGGAAUUAUAAUUUCCUGGUCACAGAGCUUGAGGAAAUCAGACACAGUUUGGAUGAAGACACCUUCUUGGAGAACUUCAAUAAUGACCUUUGGCCGGGCAAGACCUGCUUGUGCUACGAGGUGACAGCUCCAGUCAGUGACACCAGGGUCCCGCUGGGCCAGGAAAGAGGUUUCCUGCAUAGCAAGCAUGGCACACCCGAACCAUGCUGCCAUGCAGAGUUCUUGCUCCUGGAGAGGAUCCUUUCUUGGAAACUGAAUCCCAAGCUGCGCUACAUGGUCAACUGUUUCAUCUCCUGGAGCCCCUGUGCUGCCUGUGCCCAGUAUAUAGCCAAUUUCCUGCGUGAGAACCUCCAUGUGCACCUGUACAUCUUUGCCUCCCGCAUCUAUAGGCGCAAUGAUUAUAAGGAGGGUCUGCGCACAGUGUGGGAAGCUGGGGCCCAAAUGGCCAUCAUGAACUACAAGGACUUUCAGUACUGCUGGCAAACCUUCGUGGACCACCAGGGAAGACCCUUUCCGGCCUGGCAAGGUCUAACUCGAAGGAGUUCCCGCCAGUCUGUGGAGCUGUGGGAAAUUCUGCAGAAUCAAGAAAACUGAAGGGUGGAUUCUAAGCUCUGUAAAGAUGACAAGAGACCUCUGUUCAACAGCAGAUAAUAUACUUUCUUCCAAGAAAUGUGAACUUGCCAUUUACCACCUUCUCCACAUGGAUACAAAGAAACCAUCAACAGACAAUGGGUUCAUAAGAAAGUGUGUUUUUUAAAUCUUCUUAUAUUCUAAAUAUGCCUCAGUAAGAUUACAACCCACACCAUCA